AUGUCUAGGAGAUCUCUUCUAAGAGGCCUGGUGCUCAUUGAGCACAGACUUCCUCAACGAACAACACGUCCGCUCAUUGUUCGACCAUCAACCUCCACUUCCAUACCACGAACAUGCCGUCUUCUAUCAACAACAUCCACCCGUCAAAGCGCCGAGAUUCGCAGCAUCGCAGAAUUGCCUGAUAGAUCGAACCCACGAUAUCUCCAAAGUACAAAGCCCGGAUCAUCUCUUCUAUCCUUAAACUGGACCAAGCCUCCAAGCAACCUUCUCAUCAUCCACAAGCUGUACUCAGAAGCAGUUGUCGACGCGGUUGUCAAGUUUUCCAACCACCUUCGCAAUGAGUACCCAGAAGUCAAUAUUGUCUUCGAACCGCGCAUCGCCGACUCCCUAAAGGAUCGCCUCGACUUUCCCAUCUUCACUUCAGACUCCCAAUCGAACAUGGCUGAUAAAAUUGACGUCAUUGCAACGUUUGGAGGAGACGGCACAGUUCUUCGAGCCGCCAGUCUGUACAAACUCCAUGGUUCUGUUCCUCCAAUUCUAUCAUUCAAUAUGGGAACAUUAGGAUUCCUAGGCGAGUGGGACUUCAGGGAAUACAAACGGGCUUGGAGAGAGACAUUCAUGAGUGGUAGUGAUGUUGCUAUGCGCGAGGCCAACUUCCCUAGGGGCGAUUGGGAUAAGACAACCCCAGUGGCCUAUGCAGCAUGGGAUAGGCACAAGGGGAAGAGCAUGGGAGCUCAUCGAGCUUCCAAGGUGCUGCUGCGCCAUCGCAUCAAGGCUGAUGUGUAUGAUCCCUCGGGAAACAACAUCAAUCAUUGGCUGUCAGAUACUUUAUCAAGCGAGACGAAGUUGGGGGCAAAGGCAUUGGCUAUUCCCGAAGAGCCUUCCCCAUCGUUGCGAGCUAUCAACGAAAUAUCGGUGCAUCGAGGGUCUCAUCCUCAUUUGGCCAUCAUCGAUAUCUACCAGAACGGGCAUUUUCUUACCGAAACAACAGCUGACGGCAUCCUGAUCAGUACACCGACAGGUUCAACGGCUUACAGUUUGAGUGCAGGUGGUCCCAUAGUCCACCCGCUUGUCAAGUCCCUUCUUAUCACACCCAUCAGUCCUUGCAGUCUUAGCUUUCGGUCCCUCGUGCUUCCACUGGACACCAAGGUCACUUUGCGGAUGAGCCGGAAGAAUCGUGGCCGUGAGCUUGACCUCAGCAUCGAUGGCAAACGAUGUGCUGGCGUUUCCCCAGGGACUGAAAUCCGAGUAGAAGGCGAAUUUGUUGGACGCGCUGGCCCCGGUGAGGAGUGGCACGGCGGUGUGCCAUGCAUGAUCAGGACUGAAGAUGACGACCCUUGGGUCGGUGGUUUGACUGGCCUCCUCAAGUUUAACAGCACUUUUGGACGAGAACCUCCUGGGGAUGAGUUCUCCGACUAA